AUGGAUAACUGUUUUGAAUGUUCAGAAGAUCAUUAUCCAAAUAAAGAAAUGAAAGGAUGUAUCUUAAAAAUGAUGGUCUUUCUAACUUUUGAAGAAAGCUUAGGAACUGGUUUAGCCUCUGCUGCUCUUUAUUUCUUCUUCUUGACAUCUUGGGCAUUUGGAAUAUUUAUUAAGCACCGGGAUACUCCCAUUGUCAAAGCCAACAACCGGUCCCUUACCUACACCCUCCUUGUCUCUCUUCUGCUUUGUUUUCUCUCCUCAUUGUUGUUCCUCAGCCAGCCUGGCAAAGUGACCUGCCUUCUUCGACAACCAACUUUUGGCAUCACCUUCUCAGUGGCCAUUUCUAGUGUACUGGCCAAAACCAUCACUGUGAUUGUGGCUUUUAUGGCCACUAAACCAGGAUCUCAGAUAAGAAAAUGGGUUGGAAAAAGAUUAGCUUUUUCUACUAUAUUUUCCUGCUCCAUCAUCCAAGUAUGUAUUUGUAUUAUUUGGCUGUCAACAUCUCCCCCAUUCCCUGAGAUGGACAUGUACUCAGAGUCACAAGAAAUCAUUUUACAAUGCAACGAGGGGUCAGCUACAUUCUUCUAUUGUGUCUUGGGCUACAUGGGUAUCUUGGCUAUCUCCAGCUUUAUUGUGGCUUUUCUUGCCCGCAAAUUACCUGACAGCUUUAACGAAGCCAAGUUCAUCACCUUCAGCAUGUUGGCCUUUUGCAGUGUGUGGGUCUCCUUCUUUCCAGCCUACCUGAGCACAAAAGGCAAAGCCAUGGUAGCUGUGGAGGUCUUCUCCAUUUUGGCCUCCAGCUCUGCAUUACUGGGAUGCAUAUUUUUGCCAAAAUGCUACAUCAUUGUUUUUAGGCCUGAGCUAAACCAGAGAGAGCAACUAAUAAAGAGUACUUAG